CCAUCGCGCGCCAAUCGGCUUCGACCACGAGAGUGCCAGCUAUAGCACUUGUCUCGAUGGAAAAGCGUUUCCGAGUCUUCGGUGGACUGCGAACGCAACGUUUGGUCAGCCUCGCGUUUCAUCGGCGUCGAGAAUAACUGUUCGCGAUGUUAGCAGCGCGGAAAAAGUGUUCGUUAAAAAUACGAGCAGUUAUAUGUAUAGGGCGGCCGGGGCAGACGUUGGACGUAGUGGUAGGUCGUGACUCCUCGUGUCACCCUCGAACUCGAUCCGCCGCCGAGACUCACCCUCGUCGACCCUCUUUUAAUAUUCAGUCCUCCGUUCGGCCGUGCAUGGUCGACUAGCAGCGAUCCCCGGUGUAUGUAAUUACCGGUUGAUCGAUAAUCGUCGAUGACGGUCUCGCUGGUUGCUCGUCGGAACAGUUCUAGCCUGGAAGCGGUCGCGUCGAUUUCAGGAAACGAAACGAAACGGUAUCAACCAUCGUGCUUUCAAGCUCGUCCUUCGAUUUUUCCUGCUCUCUUCGUACUCCACGAAGUUUUGGAAACUUCGAAUAUCGGUCCCCGACGAUUUACAGAUGGAGUGAAACGUCUCGUCGUUCGUGUUUCCGAUCGCUUGUUGCCGUCGAAGGCGUCGACUAUGCGGGCGUCGAUCUUAACCGAACCGUUUUGUCAGGAUCUCGUGCCUGAUCCUUGCAUUGCUCGUCGUUGUCUAGGAAAGAGUAUCGAAGGAGAGAAAUCGACGGUUCUCGUGCCAUCGCAGAGGAACUCGUCGCGAUAAUCUAUUUUGGAUACGUCUGUACAUUUCUGGAAGAAAAGAUGGAUAAAUACGAAAUGAUGGAGGUCGUGGGAGAGGGGAGCUACGGAGUGGUGAUGAAGUGCAGACACCGAGAAACUGGUCAGUUCGUGGCUAUUAAAAGGUUUCUGGAAACCGAGGAGGACCUCCAGGUGCGGAAAAUGGCGUUCCGCGAGAUCAGGAUGUUGAAGAAGCUACGUCACGAGAAUUUGGUGAACAUGAUCGAAGUGUUUCGUCGAAGGAAACGAUUUUAUCUCGUCUUCGAGUAUCUGGACCAUACUUUGCUGGACGAAUUAGAGCGCCUCGGAGGUGGCCUGGGAUGGGAAGUAUCAAAGAGACACAUCUAUCAAGUACUUCGGGGUUUAAACUUCUGUCACACCAAUAACAUCAUGCACCGUGAUAUAAAACCAGAGAACAUUCUUGUGUCGCCCAACGGAGUGAUAAAACUCUGCGAUUUUGGGUUCGCUCGACUCGUCAGCGGGCCAAACGAAUCUUGCACCGAUUACGUGGCGACCAGGUGGUAUCGAUCACCGGAACUGUUGAUCGGUGAUCCACGAUACGGUAAACCAGUGGACAUCUGGGCAACAGGCUGCAUGUACGCAGAGAUGGUGACCGGAACUCCUCUGUUUCCUGGCGACAGCGACGUCGAUCAGCUUUACCGAAUCACCAAAGUUCUUGGAGGACUGUGCACCAAGCAUCAGGCAAUAAUGGGUUGGAACGGACAAGGCAGAAUGUUGCGACACACGAGCGCUGACGAGCUCAUAGGGCCUCCUCAGUCCGGUGUCACUUCGAUUCGUAAAUUGUUCCCCACCUGGGACAGCAUAGUGAUAGAUUUCUUGGCCCAAUGUCUUCGAAUGGAUCCUGACGUACGGCCCAAAUGCUCCAUGCUGUUGCAACAUUCGCUGUUCACGCAAAACGGCUUCGCGGACAAGUUUCUCCGCGAGUUGCAGAUCUGCGUCGCCAAGGAAUCCGCCAUGAACCCUUUGAUAUUCAAAAGGUCCGAGGAAAGACGAUUGAGCAUCUUGUCCGUCGAGUCUCCGACAAGGGUUUGUCGCAAAAGCACUGGCAGAUGGCAGAUGACCGUAGCGAAAGACAGAUCGACCAGCGACAAAGUCGUAUCGGAACAGAUCGAGGACGAAGUGACGACGCAUCGACCAUCACCGGUGCAGAUCACCCGUCCAAGAGAGGUUUGUUAUUUCGGGCCCGUUUCCGUCGUGCCAAACACGACCUACAUUCGGAGGCUGGAGCACAAAGGGUUGCUUCCAGCUGGGUCAAAGGGUUGCACGUUACCCUUUCUCGCGUCUAAAGACCACGGGAACGCAAGCACUACCGGGAAGAGGAAGAGAAUCGAUUUUCCAAGCAUGGAUCGCUAGAGGAAAAACGACACACGUUAUAGGCAAGUGUUUUCAUUUAAUUCGUUAGCAUCGUGCGGUUGUACGCGGUGGUUAAAACGGA